AUGGACAGGUUGCACUCCUCCAUGCGUAAAAGGCUCUACAGUUUGCCACAGCACAUUGGACAGAAAGCAUCUAUAAUGGGCGAAGGAGAAGACGCAGACAAGGACACCCGGAGGAAGAGUAUUAGGAUGAAACCUCUACCGUCGCCGACCUCUGGGGGAAGCUGCAAAGGCAUCGGGGAGAGCAAAGGUGGGGAGUCUGUGAUCAUGGAGACGGACAUAGGGAGACCGAUGAAGACCAGCUCAAAUGGAGAUUGUCGGAGGUUUCGAGGCAGCCUCUCGUCCAUCACAAGUCGGCAUGUGCACGACUCGGACUCGGCGGAGGAGAGGCGCCUCAUCACCGAGGGGGAUGUCACCCCAAGCGAGGAGAGCCCCCCCGGAGCCAUCGGUGAUGGGCCGCCGGAUCAAGGCGCGCAAGGUGCCAGCGGUGGCGGUGGUACCCAAAACGACUCCCCAGGCCAGCAGGCAGGGUUUAUAAAGUUGGAUGGCAUUGAUCAAAUUCUGCCGGACGAUGAGAGAUUAUAUCAAGCUGGGUUCAUGCACAGACAGUUUGGAGCGAUGCUUCAACCAGGGGUCAACAAGUUCUCCCUGAGGAUGUUUGGAAGUGAGAAGGCGGUUGAACGGGAACAAGAGCGGGUUAAAUCCGCCGGAUUUUGGAUAAUUCAUCCUUACAGUGAUUUCAGGUUUUACUGGGACUUGACCAUGCUGCUGCUGAUGGUGGGAAACCUCAUCAUCAUCCCCGUGGGCAUCACGUUCUUCAAAGAUGAGCACACGCCCCCCUGGAUCGUGUUCAAUGUGGUCUCUGACACUUUCUUCCUCAUGGACCUGGUCCUGAACUUCAGGACGGGUAUCGUCAAGGAGGACAACACAGAGAUCAUUCUAGAUCCGCAACAGAUCAAGAUUAAGUACUUGCGGAGCUGGUUUGUGGUGGACUUCAUCUCCUCCAUCCCUGUGGACUACAUCUUCCUCAUCGUGGAGACGCGCAUCGACUCAGAUUUCUAUAAGACUGCGCGCGCCUUGCGGAUUGUCCGCUUCACCAAGAUCCUCAGCCUGCUGCGACUCCUGCGUCUCUCGAGACUCAUUCGCUACAUCCACCAGUGGGAAGAGAUCUUCCACAUGACCUAUGACCUGGCCAGCGCCAUGGUGAGGAUAGUCAACCUGAUUGGCAUGAUGCUGCUGCUGUGUCACUGGGACGGCUGCUUGCAGUUCCUGGUGCCCAUGCUGCAGGACUUCCCCGCCGACUGCUGGGUGUCCAAAAAUAAGAUGGUGAAUGACACAUGGGGACAGCAGUACUCCUACGCACUUUUCAAAGCUAUGAGCCACAUGCUGUGUAUUGGCUAUGGCAUGUACCCCCCGGUGGGCAUGACAGACGUGUGGCUGACCAUCCUCAGCAUGAUUGUGGGCGCUACCUGCUACGCCAUGUUUGUGGGCCACGCCACCGCGCUAAUCCAAUCUCUAGACUCAUCUCGACGGCAGUACCAGGAGAAGUACAAACAGGUGGAGCAGUACAUGUCCUUCCACAAGCUGCCGGCAGAUAUGAGGCAGAGGAUCCAUGACUACUACGAGCACCGUUACCAGGGCAAGAUGUUCGAUGAGGAGAGCAUCCUGGGAGAGCUGAACGAGCCUCUCAGAGAGGAAAUCAUCAACUUCAACUGUCGGAAGCUGGUGGCGUCCAUGCCUCUGUUUGCCAACGCCGACCCCAACUUUGUCACAUCCAUGCUCACCAAGCUGAGGUUCGAGGUGUUCCAGCCGGGGGAUUACAUCAUCAGGGAGGGCACCAUCGGCAAGAAAAUGUACUUUAUCCAACAUGGGGUCGUCAGUGUACUAACCAAAGGCAAUAAAGAGACCAAGCUUUCGGAUGGCUCUUACUUUGGAGAGAUUUGUUUGCUGACGCGGGGUAGAAGGACAGCCAGCGUCCGAGCAGACACGUACUGUCGCCUGUACUCACUGUCUGUCGACAACUUCAAUGAGGUGCUGGAGGAGUAUCCCAUGAUGAGAAGGGCCUUUGAAACUGUUGCACUGGACAGACUGGACCGUAUUGGCAAGAAAAACUCCAUCCUGCAGCACAAGGUACAACACGACCUCAGCUCUGGUGUACUCAACUACCAGGAGAAUGAGAUCAUCCAGCAGAUUGUGCAGCAUGACAGGGACAUGGCCCACUGUGCACACCUCAUGCAGAAUGCCCCACCCCAGUCGCCUCCCUCGCCUACCCCUGUCAUCUGGGCCCCCCUCAUCCAGGCCCCUCUCCAGGCAGCAGCCGCCACCACCUCAGUAGCCAUUGCCCUGACACACCAUCCCCACCUCCCACCAACACUCUUCAGGCCUCCGGUUUCUGUUCUGGGGUCUCUAAAGGACCCUCCCAGCCGGCUCAAGAAGUUCCACACAUUUGUUCCUUCAUCCAAAGCACCUGGCUCUGCUGGGGACUCUCCCUCUAGCACACCCUCGAAACUGCGCACUGGGGUGGACAUGCCAUUGCUGGCCUCUUUUCGGGCUCAGCACAUGACAUCAGGUUCAGGGGCAACUGGCUCUAGCCAGCAGGCUUCAGGUAGCGGAGGCCAGCGUGGACCUAGUGGGGGUGGGUCUGGGUCUGGGUCCAGUGGAGGAGGGGCAACUGCGUUCCCCUUCGGACCAUACUCAUCGUCUGGUUCACCCUCAUCUAGUAUGGCCCAGCUACACCCACAACCACAGCAUCUACAGCCCUUCCGCUCCAGCACCCCACCUCUCUCAAACCUCUUCCACCAAGGAUCUACAGGAGGAAGCACGGGGUCAGGAAUAAGUGGAGGAGCAGUUGGAGCUUGUGGUGGUGCUACAGGGUGGUCUGCAGGUGGAGGUUCUGUGGAAGGAGCCACUGGAGGAGACACUGCUUGGGCUGGAGAGGACUUUACAACUGGAAUAACAGAAGCAACUCCCGACGGUCACUUUGGUGUGGGAGGAGCUACUGGUGGAUCAGUAGGAGGGAUCUCAGGGGAAUCAGUGGGAGGGAUAUCUGAAGGAUUGGUGGGUGCUACUUGUGGCAGGUUAGCAGGUGGGGCAUCAGGUGGAUCAGUGGGGGGCGUUACUUGUGGGCCAAUGGGAGAUGCAGCCAGGAGAUCAAUGAGAAGGGUUUCCAGAGGAUCAAUUGGAAGGGCUUCUGGGGGAUCAGUGGGAGGGGCUUCAGGAGAAUCACUAGUAGUCACGACUACUGGAGGAUCAUUAGGGAGGGCGUCUGGUGGAUCAAUGGGAGUGGUUACUGGGGGAUUGACAGGCGGGGCGUUGGUGGGGAAUCCUUGUGGAUCGUUGGGAAGGGCUUCUGGUGGAUCAGCAACUACAGCAACUAGCCAUAUAGGAGGAGGUUUGAGUGGGCCAGGGGGAGGGGUGAUUGGAGGACAUAUUGGCAGAGCAGCAGGAGGGGCAGUAGGGAGCCAUAUAGGAGGUUCUACCGCUUUUCCUGUAGGAGGGGCUUCUGGUGGAAUUACAGCUGGACUCAUUGGUUCCUCCCGUUGUCAGAGUCCUAUAUCUACUGGCUCAUCCAGCCCUAUGCCUGGGCAGCUUCUCCAUAGCCAGCCACCUCCCAAGCCUCCUCCGGUGGCUCCUCUGCAGCAGUUUGCUGGGGGAGGCAGGACUACCAGUGGCUUAAACCUCUUCCAUUCCCCUCCACAAGGCUCCCCAACUUCUAGCAGACGACAGCACAGCCAGCAGCCUGCUGAGGGCUCCCCAUCUUCCCUCAGCCAUUUUAGCCUAGCAGGCCUCCAGUCUGGCUUCCUGCCUCACCAGAUGUCCCUAGAGAGGUCUGCCCUGGCCUCACUGGCCCAGUAUGGUUCAGCAAACGCCUCCCCCUGCCUUACCCCAGUUGCGCCCAGCCCUACCGUUCAAAGCCCAGUGGCAGGCAGGACUUUCCACUACAGUGACCCCUCCAGCACCACAGGAUCCCACAGUUCUCUGCUCAUGCCUCAGUCUUCUCUCCCUUCACAGCUUCCCAGCCAGCCACACACAACAGGGAGAGAUUCUCCACUGGGCCGCUUUUCUGAGGACCUAAAGCUUUUAUCCAGCUCACACCCAUCUCUGCAGCAGGAGGUGGCCCAGGCCUUAGGCCACCAAACUCCUCGCUCCUCUGUGGAAACUGGAUAUUACCCCUCACCCUUUUCCUCACCCACUCUUGUGCCCAAACCCUGUAGCUCAGUGCCAGGGCGCAUGACUCCUCCAAUCCAGACGUCUCCGGGGCACCCUCAGCAGACUCGGUCUCCUGGGGCCUCCCCGGCUUUGCCGCUGAGGAGGAGCUCUGCUGCCUACUCAUCAGAUCUAGAACCUCAAACUGUCCGCUCUAAACUCCCUUCCAAUUUGUGA